AUGGGCGAGACUGAGGAGUCUGGCGAGCAGCCGGAUCCCAAGUCCCGGCGGUGUUUGAACUUGAAGAACCUUCUGCAGUGUUUGGUCAUCUGCAAGUCGCCAGCACCGCGACGGAGUGGAGGAGUGCCAGCCUUCACGCCCAAGUUGAAUUAUCAGCAGAACGUGAGUCCGAUCCCGGAUUUGCGACCCAGUUUGGAUCACACCGGGAACAACAAGCAGCCCUUUCAUUCCGGAACCCAGAACGACCACCGGUCCGGGGGAAGACGAAGUCGGUUCAAUUCGGGCAAUUCCAAUGGCAACGACUCUUCGCCACACGAGUCGUUUCAGCGGCAGUCGAGUGGGAGGACGUCUCUCAAGGAGAGGAAUAAGCAGUUGUCGGACCACGAGCAGUUUGAUUCCGGUCGUUCGUCGAGUCGGGGCAAGUGCGUCGACGACUCUGGGACAGAUGACGACUCGUCGAGGACAAGGAGAUCGGCGGACGUCGGGACUGGUGGCGGCGGCGGUGUUGGAGGUGGUGGUAGUAACAGUAACAACGUCGACGACGACGAGGGCUUCGUGGUGCACAAGCGGAAGGCCAUUCCUACGCUGGCCCAGCGAAUAUCAAGGCUGCAAUCGUCUGCAGGAGGUGGUGGUGGUGGUGGGAAUCGGAUAGAUGACGAUGUCCAAUCGGCAGCGGCGACGUUGGACUCGAGUCGAGCAGCGGGGAAGCCGUCGGACCGUCCGGCGGCGGGUGGUGGCGGCGGCGGCAGUGGCGGCACGAUCCGAUCUCGACGCAACUCGUUUAGUGAAGAGAGCCAGUUGACGUGGGAGAAUUUUGGCGGCAGCACGGACAACCUCCACUUGUUGUCGCGGAACCCGGACAAGGAACUGGGCCAGACGACGUCGGGACGAGCAGCGGUGGAUGCGAGAGCCGACGCCCGAGCUGCCGCGGCGGCCAUUCGACGCAAGAACAGCGACUUGCAGUCCACCAUUGAGCUCGGCGACGGACUGGUGCAGGACGACGAGGAUGCGUUGGCCAACCGACGCAGACGGCGGCGAUCGUCGUCGUCGGGCUUUGGUGGCGAAUCCCCACUUGUCCAGCAGCAACAGCCUCAGCAAUACCCGCCAACAGAGUACCAACAACAUCAUCAUCGUCAUCUGUCCAAGUCACCUUCGCCGAUGGACGACUCAGAUGUUGAGCAGCCGCCGCCGCCGUCACCACACAUGAGAGACUUGACGGCGUCCGGGUCGCGGCCCGUGAGCUUUGCCGAUUUGCCCACUUCGCAGAGCACCAUCAACAUCAAUUUUAUGCGCCAGCCGUCGACGGGCAGUGGCAGCGGGACUUCGACCAAGAAGGUUGUCGUUCCGCCGAGGAAGCCAAUGUCGAAUAUGACGAGUGCACCACCGAGUGUGGCGGCGGAGAUAACCAACGUGCGGUUGCAGUUGGAAGAGAACAAGCGCAAGAUUGAGGCGGAGAAGCGGAAGGUGGAGGCUGGGGUGGCCCUGAGGAAGCAGCACGUGGGCAAACAGGCCUUCAUGCACGCUCUUCACAAGUGGUUGGUGACGAAUAAGCUUCCGCUUGUAAUUUUCAAAUUUAUUAACAACAACAACAACGGCGACGACGACGACGACGACGACGACGACGACGAAAGGACUGGGGUUUACUUGAUUUGCCUGUGGAAUCGUUUAAAUCGUUGUUUCUAA